UUUGAUUCGCCUCAAGGCAAUGGAACACCUUUCUGCAUAUGUCGAUUAGGUUUAUAUCUCGGAUGAAUUUUAGAAUGUUUGAAUUUCGGAUGGAUUUUACAAGUCGAUCUCGUUCGGGUCACAGAAUGCAACAUCGUGCUAAUUUCAAACCCGAUCGUGUUCCGGAAUUAGGGGUGGAUGUCACAAUGGCCAACGGGAAGAAAACAGUUGCUGCAGGUGUCGGCAACGGCGGUAAGAAAGAAGUUUUUCCGUUGUGUUUGAUUCACAUGAAUGUCGUGUCCAACAUACGGUGGCCGUUGCAGACCUUUAUGGUAGUAUGUAUUUGCUGAAGUGCAGUGAGAAGUCUAUGGUUUCUGGUGUUCCUCGACACAACGAAUUUUGCCAGCAUACGUGGCACCGACUUUUCGGUCACAGAGACUACGAUGUGGUAAAUUUGAUUAAUAAGAAAGAGAUAGGUACACAAAUGAAAGUUUUCGACCGUGGGAUACGACUGGUGCGCGAGUGCUGCCUAGAGUCUUCACAGUUACACAGAAAAGCAUUCCCAAAGGUAGUGGAAAGGUAUUGUUGAAACCACUGGGCACUGAAACCCAAGUGGCCGAAUUCACUUCGUCUGAGUGACAGCAGCCCUGGCAACCGGAAAACAGUUUGAGCGAAAAACGUCAAAGGAAGCCAUUCUUUUUCCGAUCCAAGAACAAUCCAGAUCAAGACUGAAAAGUUCUAGGUGAGUCUAGAGAUUAAAUUCGUGGUUUAUUUAUUUUAUUCAAACUAAAAUUAAUUAGAACGUAAUUCCGUUUCCGUAAUUAGUUUCAGGAAUACUAAAUGUGAGUUGAUUUAGGCCAUUUUGUUAUUCCUUCAGUUAAUUACAAACCUUACUUACACAGCGCUUGGAAACAUAGACAGAAGCAUCAUAGAAUCCAGGCACAUUUUUCCGCAGUAGAAGAAACUAAAUAUUUUGAGCAGAUUCAAACCGAACUGCUACAAAAGGAGUUUUCAAUUCUCAACAUUUCUCAUAAGAUUUACCUAUCCUCACUUUGAGAUGGGAAGCUGCCGCUUAUGUAAUGGCCCGGACAACGAACAGAUGGUUGCCUGCGACGACUGCGAGACAUGGUUGCAUUUCGCUUGCGUGAAUGAAUCACCCGGUGUGGAACAUCGUGAUUUCCGAUGCUCGGAAUGUGCCGCGAAGAGGGAGAAAAAGGGGAAAAAGUGCGGUAGCAAAUCCGCGACCGGAACUGUUCCGAAACCCUUACCUCAGUUCGUGGCUCUCGACAAUCAACCACCUACCGGUAACAUAACCACGUCUACGACUCGAACGAUUAUCUCGGAACCAAGACGCAGAGUGAGAAAUUCCGCCAUCCGAGGGAGCGAUUACAAAUCGCUUGUUUCAAGAGUCAGCAAACGUUCCGCUGUUAUGGAGCUUGAAAUGCGUCGGAUGGAAGAGGAAUUGGCGAUGAAGGAGAAACAGCUAGAGGCGGAAAAGCUAAUCCGCGAGAGGAAGUUGGAAAUUGAGCAGUUGAUAGCGCAAAAACGAUUCCAGCAGGAGAAGGAGCUGCAGGAGAGGCGACUGGCUCAGGAGAAGGAGAUGCUAGAGAAGCAGCUGGCAGAAGAAAUUGAAUUUCAGCGGAAGCAGCGCACUCUACAAGAAUAGCAUCAGCGUGAACGUCACCAAUUGGUGUUGGAAGAAAUAGGAAGCGAAGACGGCGCCGUUGGGGGAGAAUAUUUGGACGACUUUUCCGAACACGACAACCGGGAAAAAGUGCACGACUGGCUAAUCCACCAUGUCAAUCCGGAUACGAAAGCAGCGGCUCUCAACGAAAACGUGAACGAGGUUCUGAAAGUUUACGAGGACCAAACGCCCAAGCGGAAUCCGGAGGUACCGCGACAGCCGAGACAUGUCGUCCCACUCCAGUAUCAACAGGUCAACCGUCAAUUCCGCAAGCAAGAAUCCGUUAGGGAUGAAAGCCAGAGAACUGAGGACGUAUUGUCAACGUCGACGACCAGUUCUCGAGACGGGUCGGGGCCUACCAGGGCACAACGCGCCGCUCGUCAAAUCCUUACCAAGAAGCUACCUACGUUUACCGGAAGAAUUGAAGAAUGGCCGCUAUUUUACAGCAGCUAUAUAAACUCAACGGAUGCCUGUGGAUUCAGUAAUGUCGAGAAUCUUGUCCGCCUUCAAGAGUGCCUGAAUGGUCCAGCACUCGAAUCCGUUCGCAGUCGACUACUUUUGCCAAAUUUCGUGCCACAGGUGAUUAAAACGCUCCGGAUGCUGUACGGCAGACCCGAGCAGUUGAUUCACGCGCUUCUAAAUAAGGUCCGGAAGGCGGAUGCUCUGAGAAGCGACCGAUUAGAAACUUUUAUUUCUUUCGGGAUGGCGGUCCAAGAAUUAUGUGACCAUUUGGAAGCAGCUAACCUCCAAGAUCACCUGGUGAACCCGAUCCUAAUACAGGAACUAGUCGAGAAACUUUCGGCUGCGACGAAGCACGAGUGGGUGAUACAACUGGGCAACGAUUGGCCUUAAACGAAGCUCGUACGGUGAAGAAGCUGUACCUUCCGAGACAGCACGUGAAUUUCAGAGAGAUUAUCGGUCAAUAUCCGCACCUUCAAGGACUGUACUCGGCUAACCAAGCAGGAGAGGAGCCAAAGAUUCUGAUCGGACGUAACAAUAUCCAUCUGAUGGCAGCUUUGGAAUCAAGAAUCGGAAACAUCAACGAGCCAAUCGCUGUUAGGUCUCUCCUCGGUUGGACAAUCUACGGACCUCGGGGAGCUUCGCACAUUGAAGGCUUUUUAGGCUGUCACCGCGAGCUUACGAACAAGGAACUGCAUGACGUGAUGCGUGAGUACUUCGUCGUAGAAGAAGCUGAAGUCACAGUGAGCGAACUGUCUGAAUCGGAUGAAGUUCAUCGAGCUAGAGAUUUGCUGAAGAGAACAACCGUUCUUGUUGAUGGUCGUUUCGAAACCGGAUUAUUAUUUAAGCGGGAUGAUUUCGAGCUGCCUGACAGCUACCCUAUGGCGCUAAAGAGGUUGGGUGGUCUCGAGCGACGACUGAAGAAGGAUCCUUCCCUCGAACAGGCUGUAUGCCGAAAAAUCAAAAAAUACCAAACGAAGCAGUAUGCGCAUAAGUUGACGGAUGAAGAGAUGGCGUCGGUGAAUCCCAAGAAGGUUUGGUACCUACCUCUCGGCGUUGUUGUCAAUCCAAACAAACCUGGCAAGAUACGUUUGGUUUUAGACGCGGCGGCUCAAGUGAAUGGAACGUCGUUAAAUUCCAUACUGCUUUCUGGACCGGAUCUUUUAACAUCGCUGCCAGCCAUAAUUCAGCAGUUUAGAGAACGACCGGUGGCUUCAAAGCGGACAUACGCGAAAUGUUCCACCAAUAUCGGAUUCGGGAAGCUGAUAAACACGUAUUGUUGGAGUGCGACCCUGUUCUGUUACGAUCACAGCCGGCACCCGUCAAAAAACCGGAGGCGAUUGAAGAGAAAUGAUCGUGAUUAUCAUUAUACCUAUAGUCGACUGAGAACGCAGUAUACAAUUGUACUUUUAACUCUUAAUACGUGAAAUACAUGUUUAUUCGUUUGUUACGUUACUUCCUCGGUUUACUCUCACAUCGUAACAAAGUGGCGACGAGGCUGUAAGAAAAGUCGUGCCGGUAGUUUCCCGUUUUUCGUGAAAACAGGUCGAAAACGCCGCGUCGUGUUCCAUCCACGUGUUUCCCAUGCCGUUACCACAACCACCGGUGCCACCAGGCAGCAACAUGGAUCAACCGUUCAAGGAGACGAUCUUGCAGCUGCUUUCCAACCAACAGGCACUGAUGACCCAGUUGGCGGAUCAGAUGGCCAACAUUCAAGGGAAUGUCAAGAACACCAACCAGAAUUAGCUAGUGCUAGAUUCCUUAGUAAGUAAUAUUAGGCUGUCAAAAAAGUCCUGCGGUAUUUUUUUUGAAUUUUCAUUUGUUCAUAAAAUUAGUUACAAUCAUCUGUUUCAUAUGCGUCAAAUAUGCGCCGUUUUGUUUGAUGACU